UAAAAAAUAAAAAUCAUAAAAAAAUGUCAGUGAGGACUCAAGUCCCUGGCGUAAGAAAAGACCUCAUUUAUGGAGGAAAAGGUCCUCCCCCACAAUUUCUAAAGAACUCAAAGGCUGUGUUUCAUUUUAGAUCAAUCAAACUUAAUCCUGAUGGAAGCCUUCCAGCUGGAGAGGACGAGAUAAAGGAUCACGUGAUUGAUGACACUAGGACGUUGGGAUGUGGCCCUUUUGAACUCCUCGUCGGACGAAAAUUUAAAAUGGACGUAUGGGAAGAUCUGGUCAAGGAAAUGUUGGUAGGAGAAGUAGCUCGGUUCACAUGCCCAUAUAAGUUAGUGGUAGACUACCCUAUCAUUGCUCAAACUUUACGAAAAGUAGCGAAACAGAAACUGGAUCCAACUGGUUACUAUAAUGACGCCCACCGUGAUCAUGCCCACAGAUGUGGCUUUGGAGCAAUGACGCACGGUAGCGGCCACAAAGACCUCGACAUGCUAACACAACUGAAAUUACCUCUAGCUUUUGAGAUAGAGCUACUAAAAGUGGAGGCUCCGGGUCAGUAUGAGCCAGACGUGUGGGCCAUGAAGUCAGAGGAGAAAGAGGAGCUAGUCCCAAUCCUCAAAGAAGAAGGCAAUGCUCUAUACAAGGCUGGAGACUAUCAGGGAGCUGCUGGGAAGUAUUUUAGAGCAUUAGAAUAUAUCGAGUCAGUGAGCAUCCAAGAGAAACCACUGGGCAAUGAAUGGAAGAGGAUAGAAGAUAUCAAAGUCCCCUUGUUGCUAAACUACUCACAGUGCCUGCUUUUAAUGGAGAAUUAUCUUGAAGUUAUAAGGCAUACUAGUAAAGUGCUUGAAUUGGAGCCUAAUAAUGUGAAGGGGCUUUUUAGGAGGGGGAAAGCAUAUGCUGCUGAUUGGUGCCAAGAAGAAGCUGAGAGAGACUUUAAGAGAGCACUGGAAUUGGAUCCUUCACUGAAGAAGACAAUAGAUAAAGAAUUGAGGACACUGACUGAGAGAAUGAGAAUAAAGGAGAGAGAAGAGAGAGGGAAAUUUCAAGGAAAGUUAUUUUGAAAGGAACACAU